GUGGUUUCCAUCCUGCCGCAGGCCCGGAGCCGCGGGUCUCCCGGCGCCCCGCGAUUAUGACCGAGCACACUUCGACUCUCAUUCUCGGUGGGGGCGACAAGGACAAGAGCCACGUGGCGUCGGAGAACACCUACAUCCUACGGCCCAUCUUCCAACAGAGGUUUCGACCCUCUACGGUGAAAGAAUGCAUCCACACCAUACUCAAGGAAGAAUUGGCAACAGCUCAAUAUGAGCCAGCUGAAAUGCCUGCCCUCACAAAGUAUUUGUCAGAGAGCAUCAAAAAUAAAUUAAAAGAAAUGGGAUUUGACCGAUACAAGAUGGUGGUACAAGUAGUGAUUGGAGAACAAAGAGGUGAAGGAGUAAAGUUAGACAAAAAAGAUGAACAGAGUUCAACCAAGUUGAAUUCAAGGAAGAGGAGGAGAGAAUCAAGUGGAUCCAAUGGGUCAGCAGAAGAGGUCAUUGCCAAAGUAUCUCGCAACUCGUUUGGCUUAAGGGAACCAGCCCCAUUUUCAGAUGAAAUUGAAAUUGACUACAGUAAGCCCUAUGUCAGAGUAACAAUGGAGGAGGCCAAGAAAGGGACUCCUGGUGAUCGACCUGUAAGGGUUUAUGCUGAUGGUAUAUUUGACUUAUUUCACUCUGGUCAUGCCCGGGCUCUGAUGCAAGCAAAGAACCUAUUCCCCAACACAUACCUUAUUGUGGGAGUUUGCAGCGAUGAACUGACACACAAUUUCAAGGGCUUCACUGUAAUGAAUGAAAAUGAACGCUAUGAUGCAGUUCAGCAUUGCCGCUAUGUGGAUGAGGUGGUGAGGAAUGCCCCCUGGACACUAACACCGGAAUUCCUGACAGAGCAUCGGAUCGAUUUCGUAGCCCAUGAUGACAUCCCAUAUUCUUCUGCUGGGAGUGAUGAUGUUUACAAACAUAUCAAAGAAGCAGGUAUGUUCGCGCCAACACAGAGGACAGAAGGGAUAUCCACAUCAGACAUCAUCACCCGCAUUGUUAGGGACUAUGAUGUAUAUGCAAGGCGGAACCUGCAACGGGGAUACACUGCCAAGGAACUCAAUGUCAGCUUCAUCAAUGAGAAGAAAUAUCACUUACAGGAACGUGUAGACAAAGUAAAGAAGAAGGUGAAAGAUGUAGAGGAAAAGUCAAAGGAAUUUGUGCAAAAAGUGGAGGAGAAAAGCAUUGACCUCAUUCAAAAGUGGGAAGAGAAAUCCAGAGAAUUCAUUGGAAACUUUCUGGAGAUGUUUGGGCCAGAAGGAGCACUGAAACACAUGUUGAAAGAAGGAAAAGGCCGGAUGCUUCAAGCUAUCAGUCCCAAGCAGAGCCCAAGCAACAGCCCCACUCGUGAACGUUCCCCUUCUCCCUCUUUUCGAUGGCCCUUCUCUGGCAAGACUUCUCCACCCUCCUCCCCUGCGAACCUCUCGGUACACAAGGCUGUUCAGUAUGACAUAAGUGAAGAUGAUGAAGAUGACUAAUAUGCCCUCCCAUUUCCCUUCUCCUUCCUCUGUCCUUUCACCUUCAGCUGUCUUUUCAAAAUUGUCAGUUCCAACACUAAAUCCAAGGACAGUUAUAGACAAGGGAAGGAGGACUUGGGACAGAGAUCAAAAUAACCUGUCCUCCAAAAGGCAUCACCCUGAGAGACAGAGGAGAAACUGCCUUAGAAGCCUCUCUUCCAUUCCCCUGCACCAGCUUCCACGAGGACAUUGCUUUACUGUUUGCAUUCAGAUAAUCUUGAAAGGAAAAUAAUAGUUUUUAUUAAUUUAAAAAAAAGCCUUUUUAAAUGUAAAAAGUGGAGCCCCAACCAGGAGAGGAAAAAGAGAUAGUAUUGUUCCCAGAGGCCUUCCCCCUACACUCCCCCCCCCCCCAAGUUUUUAUUUCUGGUCUGAAGCUGAGUGACUUCUCCAAGUUCUUACACACCCGAUGUGAGCCAUGCCAGAUGUGGCUUAGGGAAAAUGAUGUGAACUUCCUUAUAAUUAAUUUGAUUUCCAUUUUUUCUUUUCUUUUUUGAGAGCAAAGCUGAUCUCCUGAAGUCACUAAUCCCCCUAAGCUUGAUGCUAGCCAAUGUGCUGAGGUGUAGUAAGGAGCUCUCAGAGAAGGGUCUCUGGGUCUGUCUCUUUUUCACUCCUUAAGAUGGGUCUGCUGGAAAUAUGCUACCAUUGUGAUCCCAGAGGACAGUGGAUAGAGGGAUUAUUCAUCAAGCAGUUUCCCUGAAAUGCUUAUCUUUUUCAGAAACUUAUCUCCAAUUUACCAAGCUGCCUAGGAGCCCUUGGUGGGCUUUUGCCUCUUUCUCUCUAUGGCCUGCUUUUAGAGGACAGAGCAUACUGUGAUAUUUGUGUAGGUGUGCACUCACAUGUACACAUUCAUAUGUGAACUCAGCUUAUAAACUGAAUUCUAGUGGAGAAACAGUCUUGGACCUGAUCAUUCCCAUAUCUAGGACUUUACUUUGCUUCUACCAAAAAGGAUACCACUGCAAGUGUCUGAAGGCUUUCAGUGUAUUCUUUUAAUGCCUAUUCCCAUGUCCACAUUUAAUGAUUGUAGAAGAAUUCUUGGAGUUUGGGAACAAAGUGUCAAGGACUUGUCUCCCUUUCUCUAAACAACAUCCAUACCCUCUCUCUCAUAUCUUUUUCUUCAGAACUUUCUUAACCUUGGUCAGUCCUCCCUAAUUCUUCUUCCACUCUGAGAAACAGCUCACAGAGACUUUUCACCUCUCCCAAAAAGCAGAGCCCAUAUUCCUUUCCCAGAGAUGAGACCCAAGUUAGGUGCAAACCUCCCUUUCUCCCUUCUACCCACCCACCAUUCACCCAGCCCUGGCUUAGUCCUCAGGGGAGUGCACCACUUCACUCCUGUCCCAGGGAAUGUGGAUGCUUAAGGCUGUGCUGCUGCUGCCGCCGCUGCGCAUGUGCCUCUUUCUUAGCUUCACCAUCCUGCCUCCUCAACCCAGAGACCAGCAGAGCAGCAGCCACCCCUUGCUUGCUCACCCACCUGUGCGGUGGGCCUAAUGGGAAGACUGCUUGUGUCCAGCUGUGUUCGGUUGCUCAUCAAUACCCCUUGUGGGGGUGGAGUUUUAGUGUUUUCAGCUACGAAAACCACAAAUAGCUUUCUGUGUUUGUCCAUGUGCUGAGGCAGUUUGCCUCCUGUGGCCCCCCCAUGUGAACACUUUCUGAUAAAACCUGUUUUUUGUGCCUGCUAGAUGACAAGUAAUUGUCACAGGAUUUACACUAUACCUGCAGAGCAAGGCAGCUAGAAUUCUUAAGAUUCAAGCUGCCUGGAGAGGCUGCUGAUAUAUAUCAAAGUGAAGGAAAUGAAUAGAGGGAGACUUCCUCUGGAUUCCCCAGUGGCUUAUGGAAACUGUGUUUCUGAUGAAGCGCCAUUUUUAUUCUGGAGCCUUAUGGUUCUAAUGAGCUUUGGUUUGGGAUCCUCUUUCUGAAACAAUUGAAAUCAAUUUUUUCCCUUGCUAUGCUGCUUCACGUCUUCAUUUGAUCAAGUGUUAAUUUAACUUCUUUGCUUCAGCCAGGCAGACUUCCCUUUUUAGUGAUUUUGUUUCUGCCUAAAACAUUCUUCCUGGUACAGAUUUUUUUUUAUUUUAUGAAGCUGUGCCCUUGAAGGUGUUACUGCUGAAACCUGCCCCCGUGGUCUUUUAUGGUGCAUCCUCUGGAAUGUUUUGGCAUCCAUUAGUUUACAAUUUCUUCACUCUCUUCAGAUGUGCAUUUACAAAGGCCCUCAGAAUAUGGUUUUUCCUCCUUUCAAAUGUUUCCCAGAAGUAUAUUUACUCCUCUGUGCCAAUGACUAGUGGGAUACUCUGUCUGGAUAUGCCCUGUCCUUAGCAAGGAACCUCUAGGCAAAUUUUUUAAGCCACAAAAUUGGUAAGCCUGCAUUUGUGUUCAGUACUUAUCUUUUGACCUGUCUCAAGUAGAUACCAUCCAAACACAAAUAGCUUUUUGUAGUCAGAGAUGUUUUCUGGGUACCUGAAAGUCUACAUUUGUACAUCUUUGCACCUGGGGGAAAGGGAAGACAAGAAAAUAAUUGCUACCACUGGAACGAUGCCUCUUUGACUAUUAACCUAAUUAAAUGAAGUUAGAGGGGAUGACUUGGUGUUGUGAUUACCCCUUUGAUCAGAAUUUAUUCUAUGAAGGUGUAGGGCCUUUUUUCAGUGUCUCUGGGUAAAUGAAAGGAGUAGACCCAGAUGGGAUGGAUAAGGUGGACUUAGCAGAGACUUAAAAGUGGGGUCAGAACUAGACUGUGGUCUGCAGGUUAAAAGCUGUCUGUGUCUGCCUCAUAGAUGCCAUGUGUCUAACAUUAAGGAUGACCAUUUCAGUAACAGUUUACUGUAGACUGGACAGAAAAUCUACUUUUCACUUUUGCAAAGGCAUUGAUCACCACAGCAGUGAGGAAAUGAGGUGUAGGAGUUUACAUGAGAAAAAAGGAGGGGAUUUCUUGUUUCAACCUCUCCUGAGAAGUCAAAAAGCAGACCAUGAUCAAAGUCUUAGGUGAAAAUAUGAGCCAGAGGGUUCUGUAAAUUAUGGAGAGAGGGGGAAAAAAUAAAAGGAAGAGCUACACAUAUUAUAUUAUAAAUAAAGGGAAUAGGUCAUUUUUUUCUCUGCCACAAGAACUCCUUAGGCUGUACCAUAAUUACAUUUUUUUCUUUCUUUGCCUAUGGCCAAUCCCCUAGUAAGUAGUAUUGAUGGGGGCCCAUCUCCAAAGUACUUCUCCACAAUAUUUUAUUCUUCCAUCUUUGGAUUGUCUUGAUCUGAGUAUGACUUCCUCUGUAAAGGAGUUUGAUGCUUUUAGGAACUUGCUCUGGAUCUGUUCACCAUAAUCUCUUCAAAUCAACUACAUUUGCCUUUUUCUCCUGUCAAAAGCCAUAGCUCUCAAGAAUUUUCUCUGUAUACAGUAUCAUAGGGAGCCUGACCAAUACAGAUGGGAAAAAAAGAAAAAAAAUUGACAAUAUUUUGUAAGUAAUUGUAUUUUUUUUAACUCAUCAAUAUAAGUAUUUCUAAGAGUCUAUAUUUUUCAGAGUCAUAACACAAUGAUUUGUCCUUUUUUUUUUUCUCUUGGAGAACAGGUGGUCAUGGGAUGCAGAAUGGUCCCUCCUAGUUGUGAUUUUUCCUGAUUACUAAAUGGAAGAUAGUCUUGGGUUUAUGGUAUUAAAAUACUAAUUUCCUUUUUUAAAAAACAGCAUUCUCUUUCUGCCAAAGUCUUUUAUAGGUUUAUAUUUGGCAGGGACAGGAAGAUAAAAAAUGAAAGCAUCCAUUUUAUAUUGGGUUCCAAUUGAAAUGACUCAGAUUAAGUUCAUUUAGAUGGAAUGUGAGCCUUUCUGACCCCAUAAACAAAGAUUUGUCAUCUUGGGUUGUUUUGGAGUUGAAGCUCCUGGAGAAAAUUGUCUUAAAAAGAAACACAGGUCUUGGCAUGAAUGUUAACUUCCAGUAACACCUUGGAGUCCAAAGGAAAGUUUUCCUCAGUUGGUGUUUAGUCUAUCAGUUUCUGUCUGUGUGUUGUUAAUCUGUUCAGAGUUGUUUUGGCUUUUGUCAUUUAGCCAAAUAAAUGCAAAGUGAUUUUAA